UUUUGACUACAGCUUUCUUGAUUAAUCUGUACCCUCUCUCAUCAAGAUCCCACCGAUCACCGGCGUGACCCCGGCCCUGAUCCCAUUGGUACCGCUUGAGGCGACCGUCCCGCCAGCCCUCGGUAUCCUCAGGUGCAUUGGCAUCCCAACUUCUUGACUCGAUCACAGCACUCUUGCUGCUUUCCCCCACCAUCAUCCUCCAAACUGGCUGUCACACUCGACGCAAGCCCCGUCACUUGGGCUUUCACUUCUAUGGAAGAAACCAAGGGCCAGUGUUCGAAUACGGAAAGCAUGCUCAAGCGUACAUCAGCGAAGAGCGGUGAGGAUCCCUCUCAGAUGGCGUCGAACGCGUCCUCCCCGCUUAGUUCUGCGGGGAAGUCUCCCGAAGACACGAUAGACAACGCAGGAAGCACCACCGUCUCUGCUUCGUACGACUCGCCAGAGACAUCAACUUCUGGAGGAAGUGCUUCUGCACGACGGGGAUCGUCUGGCAAGAACGCUUCCGACAAAGAGAAGCGCAAGCGGUCAAGAGUCUCCCCGGAGCAACUCGUGCACCUCGAACGGUUCUUCUUGGCGGACAGGAGUCCCACUGCGGCCCGGAGACGAGAGAUCAGCGAGAUGUUGAGUAUGCAGGAGCGUCAGACACAGAUUUGGUUUCAGAAUAGGCGAGCAAAAGCAAAGCUCCUCGACGGGAAGAGCAAGUCUCCGUCAAGUAGCCUCGCACCUCCCGAGAGUCCUCCGGAUUUACGUCCAGGUUACGAGACGGAACUCCACGAGCUAAUCCACGAAGACAACCCGGUCACCAUCAUUCCUUGCACCGACCUCGCUAUAGGCACUUGGCGCCGCAUAGCUACGACGGUAGGCAAGCACGAUCUGGUCGCAUAUCUCUGCGAGCCAAAACGUUGCCUUAUCUGGUUCAUCUAUUCGAUGGGAUACGGUUUCAAGAUGGAGAUCCCUUUCGAUACCAUUGUCAACACGGAGUUCAUUAACGACUCGCCCGGUACAGGACGCGCUGCGUUCUACCUUUCGCAACCACCGAUAUUUUAUCUGGAGUACGACACGCCGAGCGGAACGCGGGCAUGGAAACGGUGUGCGGACUGGACGGAAGGGAUGCAGGCGACGAAGGUCCUCCGACACGAUCUCACCGGCUCUGCCGUGCAACUGGCUCACAUCUUGCGAACCUUCAACUCGCACAAUACCUCGGAUAUUCGUUUGCACAAACCGGCAUAUCUUGACCAUCCCCAAUCGAGGCCCGCCACCGCGAUUGAUCUGAGUCCAAUGCCGCUCUCAAGCGGAAUGGCUGCUGCGGAUCGCUCUUAUGGCUCGCAUCCCCAAUCCCAAUAUCCGGCUGACUUGAUCGACCAGACGCAGCAGAUGUCGAUGAUGGGUAUACAAAAGCGGCAGUUUUCCAGUGCUCCAUCUCUUCAGUUUACGCCACCGUCAAACGAGGUCUCGGAGUAUGACGACCGCGCUUCAUCGUCUCACUCCCAUGCCCACUCGCAUAGCGUGUCCCCGACUCCGUACGCCGUGUCCUACUCCCAGCUCGCACAGCCCAUGCCCUCCCGGUCUGUGAGUGCCAGCGGGUACUCCACACCGACACAGAUGUACGAGCAGUAUCCAAGUGCCGAACAGGCGCGUCACUCCCCGAUGGGCAGUGAUUAUGGUCAUAUGCCCCUCCAGCAGCGCGCCUAUGGGAGCGUCGACUCAGUGCACUAUAUGUCCGAUAACACCGACUCGACGUCUUCGUACAUGUCCGACCGUCCCAAUACGUCUCACUCACAGUAUACCAACUCGUCGCCCUCCAUUAUGUCCACACCGUUCUACUCACGGCCCAUGAACGGUUCGCUUCAACAGUCGGCGGAGCAGUACAUGCCGACUCACCCAUCUAUGCUGCAGUAUCCUGGCCAGGAUGACCACUCUCGUUAAAUGUCGUGCUUUUUAUUCCGUUCGUUCAUGGCAUUACUUUCGAUUUACCUGUUUCAUUAUUGCUCCAAGUACAUUACUCACGCCUAUGGCACUUUCUUGUCGCAUCUCUUCGUCUAUCUAUCACAUAUCUGUCGCGCCGCAUCAUCAUCUCAUACAUUAACAUUUCGACCUUCCUUAUCUGUCGGCUGCCGUCAUUUCUUUGCAUUACCAUAAACCCCGCGGCAUGUAUUCUUCUUGAUUCUCCACUCGGCUAUAUUGGCCUGCUCUCCUCUUCGUUUUCGAUCAAACACAUUAUCACGCUCCUCUUGCUCAUUGUCUCGCCUCUCUCUCGACUCUCGCAUUGUACAUAACGGCUAUACUUAUUCUGUGUCUCCUCUCUCUCCUCCACGCACUCUCGAAAUCCUUAAAGCACCCCCUCAUCGUGCUUCCUCCCGACUCUUGUACAUAUGUUACUCUAGUUGUUCAUCCGCACCCUGGCCCUCUCCGUCUUCUCUUGGCUCUAUGUCCUUGUCUCGGUUACUUAUUUGCUUUUGUUUUCGUCUUUUGUCCCCUCUGUUCUCCGCCGUCUGGUACAUGACUCUUCUACUACUAUCC